GAUGCUCUCUUUUUUCUGUACUUUCUCUCUCCACAAGCUGUAAGGACACAGUUGCCGCAUUGAGCGAUGAAAUAAAGCGAAGAUGCCAACAAUCAAUUGUCGUACAUCGCUAAUCAGAUGUCUGUUGACAAUAUACUGGCCGCUUGUAAUUAGUGGCUUCGUACAGCAGAAAUCAAUACAUUCCCACCGAUCCCGAUGCUCGCAGUCGCUUCCGUCUACAGAUAUCCAUGCCACCUCCAAUCUUCAAUAUGAUGCGACACUCUCUGAACAGCCUUUUUCGGAACUAUACGACGGGCAACUACCCGACUGGUUACUGGAUAAUUGCAAGGAUAAUGGAUUUGAAUUUCCUACCUUAAUCCAACAGAGAGCCUUAGAUUCUUUCUUUGACGAUGAUCCGAACUCAAUGGUUAUACAGGCACAAACUGGAAGUGGCAAAACUUUGACUUACCUAUUGCCAUUGCUCUCUAAGCUAGAGAAUCGAGCCUCGGUCCAAGCAAUGAUUGUUGUUCCGACAAGAGAGUUGGGAUUGCAGGUUGCAACAGUUGCAAAAAGACUUGUUGCACGCCGAUUCAUGGUCAUGAGCUUGUUACAAGGGAGUCAGCUAAAAAGACAGAGAGCUUGGGCUUGGGCAGAGACACCUCAAGUUGUCAUAGGAACACCGACAGAACUCUUGGAUAUGGUACAAUAUGCUGGACUACCUCGAAUAAGUAGCAUCAAGACUGUCGUCGUAGAUGAGGUUGAUGCUUGUCUAGUGCAUCAAUCAGGGACCUCUCUUCAAGGAAGUAAUAUCAAAGGCAAUUCUGAUGCCCGGACUUUAUCGUCAUCACUCCAUGUUCUUCUUUCUAAGUUUUUGAGCCCAACAUAUGCGGAUGACGGGGAUAUAGACGAAGAUGAUGUUAUUGUCAUCGCUGAUGAUUCAAACAAGAAACGAAAACGCAAGUUUCGACAUAGACAGACCAUCUUUUGUUCCGCAACCAUACCACAGCAUCGAUACUUCCUCAAACAGUGCAAAUCAAAUCAGUGGACGCUGGAAGAACCUGUAUAUGUUUGUACAAGUCCAGGAGAAGCCCUACCACCUACAUUAAAWCACGCCUACAUGGUUUGUCAAUCUAAAACGAAAAAGAUGGGGACAUUGAGAAACCUUCUCAAAAAACUAAAUUCACCGACGAAUAAAGUCAUGAUAUUUGUUGACUCGACUCGACCUUUAGAUUCAAUCGGGAAGAAUCUUUCCGACAAUUUAGAUGAGGGUAUUUUGUAUGAAGAUAGGAAGACAAUCCUUGAUGACAUCGAAUCGAAACCAGUUGUGUCUAUUUUACAUUACGAUGAUUCACUGUCCCAACGAGCUGGUGCGACAAAAGCUUUCACAGAAGGAUCAGAUUUUCGGGUUAUGGUCACAACGGAUUUAGCAGCACGUGGAUUGGAUAUACUUGGAGUCUCGCACAUCAUUCAUUUCGACCUACCUCCGGAUGCGGACACGUAUCUCCAUCGAUCGGGACGAGCCGGACGUCUUGGGAAAAAGGGACAGGUCAUUUCAAUUUUGUCCGACGACCAAGAAUUUGUUCUGAAACGAUUGAUGAAUGCGCUUAAUGUGGAUGCAAAGUGUGUGGGAAGACAAAAAGCCAAGAAGAACUCAUCAUAGCUUUCGAAGAAGAAUUUGUAUUCGAUGCAUCCUUAUGAUGGAAAUUCGAAAAUCUCUGAUGGUGUGGUCUUGCUGGGCUUCAAUGAAAUCGACGAAGAUACUUGAUCACUCGUUAACAACGGAUUUGGCUCAAAUUUUGGAAAGCCAGACUACUCUAUUUUGUCACAACGUUGGUUUGACUACUAGCAGUUCUUAACGUUUAGAUUUGAAAAUAAAUGUGAUUAGCUGCA